GGUCCAUCUACAGUAGAGGAGGGAGGGCAGACAUAAGGGCGUUUUCCAAGAAGAAAAGAAAAUCUGUCCAUUCUGAUUGUCCGAGCCUGCCUUCUUUCCUUCUCACUCUAGGUAGCUUCCAUGGCACCAGGGGUGAAGGGAGACAGAUUCUAGAAGGGAGGACUCGAAUCUUAAAGCAACUUGCUUUGAUUUGCCUAUUGAUGUUCUGAAUAGAUGACCCCUCUUUUCCUUCCACUCUUCCACUCCUCUGCCCCUCCUUUCUUCCUCCUUCCCUACUCCCUCCCUCUCUCCUCUCCUCCCUCCCUUUUCUCUCUCCUCCCUCUGGAUGGCUGCAGCCCCCUAGAGCUGAGUCGCUGGCUCUCUCUUUGCUCUUUUCCACAGCAUUGCAGCAGUCGAGCCUAGAGCAAGCAGCUUCCCAUCUCCGCAGCCACCUGCGUCUUGGGCCUCCGCAGUUUUUUUCUCUCAGCGUCGUAGCCUCGCAGAGCCCAAACGCCCAGCACCAUGGCCAGCACCAUGUCUGCAUACAAGGAAAAAAUGAAGGAGCUGUCUGUGCUUUCACUGAUCUGUUCCUGCUUCUAUACGCAGCCGCAUCCAAACACCAUCUAUCAAUAUGGAGAUAUGGAAGUGAAGCAACUAGACAAAAGAGCAUCUGGCCAGAGCUUUGAGGUAAUCUUGAAGUCCCCUUCAGAUCUGUCCCCGGAGAGUCCUAUACUUUCUUCCCCACCCAAGAAGAAGGACAUUUCUCUGGAGGAAUUGCAGAAGAGGCUGGAGGCUGCUGAGGAGAGACGGAAGACUCAGGAGGCGCAGGUACUAAAGCAGCUGGCCGAGAAGCGGGAGCACGAGCGGGAGGUUCUCCACAAGGCCCUGGAGGAGAAUAACAACUUCAGCCGUUUGGCAGAGGAGAAACUCAACUACAAGAUGGAACUCAGUAAGGAGAUCCGCGAGGCUCAUCUCGCUGCUUUGAGGGAGCGACUGCGUGAGAAGGAGCUCCAUGCUGCCGAAGUCCGCAGAAACAAGGAGCAGCGGGAGGAGAUCUCUGGUUAAUGGGUUUUUCUACACGCUUAGCACCUGGUUCCUGAUAUAAAACAAAAAAACCACAUUUUAAUUUUAUGUUUGUCUAGAUGCAACUUUGUUUCUUCACCACCCUUCCUUCCUUCCUUCCUUCUUUCUUUCCUUCCUUCCUUCCUUCCUUCCUUCCUUCCUUCCUUCCUUCCUUCCUUCCUUCCUUCCUUCCUUCCUUCCUUCCUUCCUUCCUUCCUUCCUUCCCCUUCUCUUCUGCCUACUCCCGUGCUGACGUCCCUAGUUUAUGCUUCUCUCUUAGGAUCUUUAUCUGUCCAGCCCUUGUGGGGGGCCUCGCUGGCCUUGCAGAGCUCUAAACAGAGUAGCCACUAGUUCAUAUGAAUAUAGAGUCAAUCACAUUAAUCACCUGACAAAACAAUCCUUCCUGGAAUCUUUCAUAAACUUAUGUAAAAGAUGGAGACAUUAAUAAAUUCAACCAACAGUGGCAUGGACAUGUGGAUUUCUUAUCCAAAGUUUAUUCAUGAUCCUUUUUUUUUAAUUUAUGAGAAUUUAUUCUGAGCCAGCUAUCAGUGUCUGGGGGAUCGGGACUCAAAGCCAAUCAGUUCUUUGAUGGUAAACAAGGGAAAUAAGAACAAUGGUGGGAGAGUUCAAAUUAAGAACUUUUCCCUUUGGGUCACUAGUUCCAUCCCUGCUGAGGCUUGAGGUUACAAAAGAUAACUGUAAGCUGGGUACAGCUGUUAUUGGACUUGCUUUGAUGGUAUGUGUCUUAGCUUUAUUCAGAUGUGGGGAUUGAAUGUAAAAAAUGCCAAAUAGUAACUGAUGGCUGUUUUUUGGGGUUUUAGUCAUAUCAGUGCCCAGAGGGGAUAUGGAGUAUGAAGAUCUAUAUUCUGUAGUAGAAAUGAAGUUUGGUAUUGGGAGGUCUGGGAACUAUGGGUAGUUCCAAUCAGGAACAUAAACAGUCUGUUACCUAGGUCAAGAUUUUUCACAAAAAUAUUAGGAUAGGGAAAAUUAGGUAUUAUAAACCAAUGUAAAGCAUCAAAAAUCCAAAACUUUGCAAGAAGGGAUAGUAUUUGUCCUAUAUGGACUUUCUAUGAAGAAGUAAUUAGUACUGAGCUUAAGUGCUCAAGCACUACUUGCUGGGAAAAGUCCAUCAGAAGCUCUGCUGUAUACAUUGAAGUAUGUGAAGUCCAUAGUUUUUUUAAAAAGGACUCAAAAAUUGGAAGAGAAAACAAUGGAUAGACAGAUUACUUCUGUUAUGUGAUAGGUGGAAAGCUAGGUUUUCUGCUGACUGAGGUCAUUAGUGUGGACACAUCCCCUGAUCUGAAAUGUGUUCUUUUCAAGUGAAUGUUUUGGCAUAUCUAUUUGGUCUAAGAAAACAAAAGUUUAGUGUGGACGCAUUCCAGAUCCAGUCCACCCAUGUUGAAUACUGGAAGACAAAAUAAAAGACAUGACUCAGACUUUUCAUCUUUUAAAGUAGCCAAAUUGUUUCUGUGGUGGCUGUUAGCCCAGAUUUAUGACUUUUGAGUUUAGCAACUUGAUCUAUUAUUUAUUGUUUUUGAGGAUUUCCUAGAGCACUGAGAUGCUAAAUGACUUUCCGUGGUUACACAGCUUGUCCUUAACAGGUUUGAGUUUGAGAAUUUCCAGACUCCGAGGCUGUCCCUCUAUCCACUACUAUCUACUAUUUUAUGCUUGGGGACAUUAAAGAUUUAAAUUCUUUUAAUUUCUAGCACCCUUACUAAAUGUUUAUUUUUAUUCACCUCUCUCUGGCACUCAACUCUUUGGGAGUGUAACUCCCUCUAGGGUUGGGCUUGUUAGGAACAUCAGCUGAGGAGUCUUUCAUGGGGUUAGGUAGCACAUGGAUGGAUCCAUCCAUGUAAGUUGGAGUUGUCUGGGACCUUGGAGAUCAUCUAAUCCAACUUCCCCAUUUUGCAAGUAUGGAAACUGAGGCCCACAGAUAAGUAACGUGUUCAAGGUCAUAUAGGCAGUACUAGAAAGUUAAUAGAUUUAAUUAUCUGGUGAUUCAAAUGUCUGGGGAAGGAAAAAGAGGGUUGAAAUUCAAAGAAGUAUUUACUUAACUGAUCUCACCCAAACAUUGCUCGUCAUAUUUUCUAUUUUCCUGAUGGGAAAAAUAAAGGACCACUCCUUUCCCAUCUCUCUGGCAGUUUUAGUAGGGUCUUAAUCUUUUCAGUUUAUGGAAGUUAAUAUCAAAUUACCAAGUUGACCAUCUUUAAUGUAGUUCCUUUCUCAAACUUUAAGGCCCACCUUAGAGCCUUGUUUAAAUUAACCUGGGAAAACUCAACAAAUUUUCCUUUUCACAGACUUGCUAAGUCUAAUAUGAGCAAUAGGGGGGAAAAAUAACAUUUACCUCUUAAAGCACUUUUAUGAGUAAAAGCCAAGGCAGGUAGACAUGCAGUUAUCUUACCUUAGCCAAGCUAUUCCUUUCACAAAAAAUUGUUUAGUACUCACACAAAAGUUUAGCAAGUAUCUGGAGUCCUUUAGGUUAUAUAUAACAAGUGCCAAUUUACUCCCCACCCUCUAUAAAGAUGAGGUACUUUUAAUUUCCUUUAUGUUGUGAGCAGUUUUGGCGAAGUGGUGAAGUUAGUGCUAUUUUGUGUUUCAUUCAUGUUCUAAUCCUAGGUAUGACAAAUUUACUGGUGGGGGUCCCUAGACAUUCAGUAUCAGAUAUUGGGGUCCCCAUGGCUGAACAAGUUUAGCACAGGUAUUUUUCCUAAAUUGCUGAAACUUCACCAACAAGAUUGCCUCCAGAGGGAGCUGGAGGUCAUGACUAGGAUUCAGCAGUGACCAAAGGCAAAAAUUGCAUGGGGCAGGGAAACAGAAGGGAACUGAAGGUUGAAUUUCUUAAUAGUCACCAGUUUUUAGCAGGUAGUAAUUCUCAUAGCAGAAAUUUACUAUAAUUCAGAUUCAUCUUAUUCAUAUAAGGUAAAUUUUAAAAGUUAAGAGAUAUUUACGUUAAAUUAAUAGUAAUAAUGAAAACUGAGUGCUUGUGUGCAGGAGUUAAGAGUGUAAUGGUUGAAAUGGUCCAAAUGUUAGUGUCCUACUUCUGUGGGAUAUGGAAAAGUGUCUGCAAUUUAUUAACUGUCCUACUCUGUGAUUGCUUGCUUGGAGAAUAAUUACAAACUGAAACUUGUAAAUACUUUUUAUUAGUGCUAAUUCUAUGAAAUAUUGUACUCACGAGUUUGAAUACAACACAGCAAAACCAUUUUCCCUUUUGAUGAGGAGAGGAGGAGUAUUGGAUGAGAAAGAGAAGUCUUCUCAGUAGGUUUGAACUUAAGGUUAAGGAUGUUUGCUAAUGCCUCCUUCUCAGGGGAUUUAGCCUAAACUACUAAUUUCCUUGGAGUGAGUAGCUACUGAUGGUAAUUUCAUGAGUCCUGUUAAGGUCUAAGGUACAUGUAGCUUAAAAGAAAGUGAAAUGGUCAAGAUACAAGAACUAAGACCAAGAAUUCAUAUUUCUGUGAAUCGGAAACUUCAUGUUCCUUAUUUUAAUCCUUGGAUGAUACUAGGUUUCUUUGGGAAAUACAGUUGAACUGCUUCACAGGACACAGCAUUCUAAGGCCGUAAUCAGUUGGUAGAGAAGAUAUGAUCCAACAUUAGGGAAGGCUGGUGGAAUCCUCCAAGGGCCUUUUCUCGGUGGCUUUACCUAGUUUUGAUCUGCUACUCACUAUUAUUGUCCAAGCUAGUAAUGUUUACCUUGUGCCAGGGGUGGGCAGUUUGGGUCAGGACUCCAUCUCUUCGCCUCAUUCCUUUAAUCUUAUUCUUUCCCUAGCUCACCCAAUUUCCAUUAAUCAAGCACCAGCAAGUCUUAAAAUAAUUGUGGGUGCUUCUUCAUGAAUAUUGUGCUGAACCUCUGACAUUCCUAGUUGGUAUACCCCUUGGUUGUGGAGAAUAAUUCAUUAGAAAUCAAAGAUGAUUAUCUUUUGUGCUGGAAAUUCUUGUUCUUUGACAGUCCUGUGUCCCCUCAUGCACAAAACAGAGCUACUGCUGGCUGAAUAAUGAUCAACAAUGCCUUAGGGUUAUACCUUCCUUUAAUCAUGUUUGCAGUUCAUUUCUGAGCUUUCCAGACUUCAAAUGCCAUCCUUAGAAAAGGCACAAUGCCUACCCCAAUAUAUGAGUAAAAAAAAACCCCUCAAUUAUCCCCUUUCUUCUUGCUACUAGGCUCACUAGACAUUAUCAAUCUUUAAGGAUGGAAGGGAAGCCUUAUGUUGUAUGAAAUAAGCAAUUCCAUGAGUAGGGAGGAGACACAACUGCUUUCUUCUGACUACCUCCUAUCACAGCUUUUCAUGGCUUUAAAGUAAGAAAGAUAAAAGAGAUUAGAAACCCUGAAGUAAAAAUAAAGGAGGAAAAGGUUGGGAUUUUAUACAAGGGGUUAAAAGAAAAAAAACCAAUCCAAUGCCAUUUUCUCAGUACAGAGUUGUCAGAUGAGAUUAGCUUUUAUUCUGGGGAGUGUAUGUGUGUGUAUAUGAUAGGCAUUUGUGGUUUUAAGACAUUUGCAAUUACAGCUCAUUUCCUCUUGAAAUUUUUGGUUAUGUCCCCCAAACUGUCAAAUCAGGGUAGUCCUGGUAUAAUAUUCACACCGUAUAAAAGCUGUAGUCAUGGGGUAGGAGGGAGUUUGGUUUUGUUGUAAACAAUUUUUUGUGGUAGAAUAUAAAGAUAAGAUAGAAAUACUGGUUGCAGACUGUCAGUGUAAGUAGUUGUUUACAAAUUAAUACACACUCCACACAAAGACUAUAAGUAUCCAUUUAAAACUGAAAUUUCAAUGUUUCAUUUGGAUUGGUCACUGGGCCAAGGUGGUUUUCUAAUCUAAAUCUUAUAUUGCAUAAUUCACCUGCCUGCUAUACUCUAGCAUUUUCUUGAAUCUGCAUUAUUUCAAACAUCUAAAAUAACGUGUAUGCAUCCACUAUUCAGUGCAGAUGUGCAAACUUGUACAUCCACGUAAUAUGUAUACACUGACAUACUUUUAUGCCCACAUGGUCAGGGAAAGGCUGAUUAUGGUGCUAUAGUGAUUUAGUUCCUAAACCAUGCUAGGGGAUAAAUAUAUCAGGACUAAAAAUGCAUCUGUUAGAUGUCCUGUAUGGAACAAAGAGGGAGUACUGGCCACUGUUUAGACUUUUUUUUUUAUCAUUAAACUGGUGGAUCAUAUCCUCCAUUUAAUUAAAUUUCUUUAAAAAAGAAAAAAGGCCAGAUCACUGACAAAGAAAGUCAAAGCAAAAAAGGAACUCUGGACAGCCCUCAAUUAUCAUUUGGGUUUGAAUGUCACUGGCCCACAGGAUCCAUUCCUUACAAAACAGUGUGCAGCUUUAAAAUAUACAGAAGCUUGUGAUGGUUAUGAAUGGAUUUCCUACCAAUCUGAUAUCAUCUAGUUCCUUUAGUGCAUUUCAUUGUCAACUUAAGGUUGUUGUUGUGUAAAAGAAGUGAUGAUUAAAAAAGAAUAAAGUUGGUAUUAAACUA